UCUCGAUCCGAAGCUUUCCCAGCACACUUCUUUUCGAUGGCAUUUUUGUAGAACAAUAGCAAAAGCCGUGUAGCGGUAGUAGUAGUCUUUACGUUCUGCAAGGAGUUGUUUCUUGGGGUUGUACAGUCGCGGGGUGAGAUCAAAAGAGAGAAAAAAUAAAAAUAAGGCUCGGGUAGACGAGUUUGCUCUAAGUUGCGUUGCGUUUGUGUUGCCUUGAGGUGCGUGCUUUGGGGGGUGCCCGUACGCAACCCUUUCCCCUGGGUUUAGUUUUGAUGAGACAAUUCUUGGUGCAAGCGGGGUAGGGGGUGGGAGAGAGAAGGAGUUUUUUUAAUGCCGUGGGUGAGAUUCCUCGGAGUUCGUUUGAAACGGUCUUUGGACGUCGUCAGUGGCCUUAUGGAUGAUCAGCUAUUCUAGUUGUCAGGUGGGAUAAUUCUGGCGAAUGUCUGCGAGGGAUUAGUGGCAGGGUGUGUGUUGUGCCGUGGGUGCCCUUGGGUAGGGGUGGCGGUGGUAGUCCGAGGAGUGUGAUAAGGCUUCAUGUUCGAAGCUACUACUGCUGUAGCCUCCAUCCGGAGUUGGUGGAUUCCUCGUUGAAGGUUUGACUCGUUUUGUUUGAAUAUCAUUCAACAUCGAUUGUGCUGCCAAUCGAAAUUUACCUGAAACCAAGAGUAAAGAGGUUGUGGUAUAAUCCACAGGGAUUUUAAGACUGGAGACUUUGUUAUUGGACGGGAGUAUCAUUCUACUAAGAUUUUAAACAUUUUUCUUUUUUCUUUUUUCUUGGCCAGAGGCGUCAAUCUGAUGACCCUAGAGGGCCUGAGUAUGCUUUCUUGUCUCUCAUAUAUAAGUGGCUGAGGUGACCAUGACUGCAGCAGAUCAGGAUCCUGUGAUUAGAAGGAUAUCCUUGGGCCAUUACAUGAGGAAGUCACUGAUCACCCGCAUACAUCUCAGCGAUUAAUUUGCCAUGGCAGACAUUGAGCUGCAGAGAUCAGGGGGGAAGAUGGAUACUUGUCCCGUUCCUCGGAGACCUAACCAGUCGGCCGGAUUUAUCGACAGCCCACGCUCUGCGGGAAGUCCUCGGCCUCUCCGGCCUCCCAUCCAGACUUCCGGUUUCGCUGAUAGUCCACGCUUUGUAGGAAGUCCUCGGUCUCUGCGGAGCUCCAUUCAGACUUCAGGGUUCGCUGACAGCCCACGCUCUGUAGGAAGUCCUCAGUCCCUGCAAAGUCCUAGAUUUUCAUCGGGCCCUGGUUUCAGCAAGCCUCCGCAGCUUCAUGCUCAGAUGUGCGCGACUUUAGCUGCACUUGUGAAGCGUAUGCUAGCUAUUGGACAUUCUUUGGAUUCUGAGCGAGGAAGAUUUCGUAAAGCAGGAAUUCAGGCACUUUGUACAUUGCAGCUGGCUUUGGACAAGGCUCGAUCACUCCUACAGUACUGUUCUGAUUCCAGCAAGCUCUACUUGGCCAUCAAAGGCGAAUCCAUGUUGACGCGGUUUGAAGAGGUUAAAGAAAGUCUUGAGACUAUUCUUCGACGAAUUGUCGUCCUGGUCUCGCAAGAUCUUGCCUGUCAGAUUGGUGAGCUUCAAGCUGAGCUGAGUCGAACAAAAUUCCAACUGGACCCUGAGGAGAAACAGAUAGGGGCUGAUAUCAUAUCCUUGCUGCUUCAGAAGCAGAAGGGUUCCCAGUAUGAGAAUCCUGAAGCUGAGGAAGAAACUUUCAGUCAAGUAGCUAUCCGGCUUGGCUUAGUAACAACGGAUGCAAUCCUAGCUGAAAAACGCGCUCUACAAAGACUACUUGAGAAAGCGCGAUUCGAGGAGGAUCGUCGGAAAGAGUCGGUCACCCUUCACAUAUUACAGCUUAUGAAGAAUUUCAAUAAUGUUCACCGAAUGGAGAAUAUUAUGCGCACAAGCGGGGACCCGUCCUCAUGGCUUACUUCGGACAGAGGUUGGGGUUCAGGGAAGAUUUCUGGAGGCGGGGAUUCAGAGCUGGACAGGAACAACUCUCCCCGUACUCAUCAACAUUGUGCAGACUGCCGAUGCUCUGAGAUGGCAUUUCUUGAAACUGUAGAUAGAUUGGAGGAUCCUGAUUGCUCAAGUCCAAGAACUCCUAAAACACCACGAACUCCACGCACUCCUCAAACUCCUCUUGCCCCAGAAGAACUUCGGUGCCCUAUAUCUCUGCAGCUGAUGUCGGAGCCCGUCAUUGUUGCGUCAGGACAAACAUAUGAGAGAGUCUGCAUCGAAAAAUGGUUUCGAGAAGGACAUGUUACAUGCCCAAAGACGAGACAAACCUUGGCGCACCUCAAUCUCACUCCGAAUUAUUGCGUUAAAGGCUUGAUCGCAAGCUGGUGCGAUGCUCAUAAUAUUCCAGUUCCAGGCCCACCAUCUCCUCCGCCUUCACCAGUCUCGUGGCGAUGGGAGCUUGGGUCAGCCUCUGAGCUUGUCAAGGUACCAAGUGGCGAGCAGGGGAAAGACGCUCGGGUUGUGCCAGUGGAUGAUCUUCCAGAUGAGGACAUCAACACUCCUAGGAAUCAGGAUGCUGAGAAAGCAGUGGACGCUCUCAGUUGCUCAAGCACCCGUGAACAUGUCCAAAUGCAGGAAGAUAACUUCAUGGAUGAAUUUGGGUCUUCUCAACUUGAUGGAAAUGGUAUGAAUCAUUCUCUAGCGUUGCUACCCGAAGGGCAAUGGGCAAACAAGUGCGAAGACUUGAUUGUAGAUCUUAUAGAGGGUUCUGUAGAGCAAAAAUAUCAGGCUGCCGAGGAGAUCCGGAUUUUGGCUAAAACCAAUGCUAGGGCACGAUCACAAUUUGGAGAAAGAGGUGCUAUUCCAGCUCUUGUGGAGCUGCUCAGGGUAGCAAUUGAUGCUGAUGACCAGAAAGCUCAAGAAGUGGUGGCAUUUUCUCUCCUCAAUGUUGCCAUCAGUCAUGACAGGAAUAAGGCUGCAGUCGUAGCCGCAGGAGGUGUUCCUCAUUUCGUCGAGUUACUGAAAGCAGGAGCUAGUCGGGCAUGCAAAGAAGCUGCAGCGGCUGCUCUUCUGACUUUGUCGUGCUUGAACGAGAACAAGGCUUGUAUAGGCUCCUCUGGAGCAAUUCCUCUGUUGGUGAAACUGCUGAUCUCUGGCUCAAACCAGGGACGAAAGGACGCACUGACUACACUCAACAACCUCACCAUAUUACCGGGCAACCGGCCCCGUGUGGUUCGGGCUGGCGCAAUCCCCAUCUUAGUGCAUCUGCUGAGCUUACGCAAAGUGGACUUGUUGGAGAAGAUUGUGGCCUUGCUGUGCAUCUUAGCUUCCAUUGAAGAAGGGCGGUCCACCAUUGCAGAUACUGAGGGCGGCAUAGCUGUGCUGGCUGAAAUCCUUGACUCGGGAAGUAUCAAGGAGAAAGAGCAUGCCGCUGCCACCCUUUUGUUACUAUGUACUAAUAGCUUGCAGCAUAGCCAAUUAGUGUUGCGGGAAGGGGUAAUCCCUGCACUCGUCUCCCUUUCUAUGGGCAACAGUCCGCGUGGUCAAGACAAAGCUCAGAAACUCCUUCAACACUUCCGUGAACAACGCCAGAAGGAGACGGUGUUCUCACACUCUGCCCCUUUAAGUGUGAGUCUCAGCAUGGGAGCAACCAUCGAUGGCGAGUCAUCUGGAACCGAGCCCCAACAGGAGUCUCUUCUGUCCAAGGAUGUUGCUAGUAGUCCUCGGAAGGAACAGAAGAAAAAGUUCGGGAAAUCACGGUCUGGUUCCCUCGGGUUUAUCUGGAAGACAAAGGUGGCUCUUCCCCUCUACCAAUGUUAAUGUGCACUAUCUGACUGUAUAAACAAAGCAAAAAGUACAAAAAAAUAAAAAAAUAAAAAAAAUAAAAUAGUGUUCAGAUACCUGGCUUUUCUGUGGGCUUAUUUGAUAAUUAGCUGCACUGUCGGUUUCAUGAAAUCAUUUCACUAGUCUCUGCUUUUGUGAAGAUUUCCUCCAAUUCAAUUUCAAAUGAAGGUGAUAGAACGUAUCCAAUGCUUGAAAAGCUCCUUCCUACAGUGGAAGUAUCUGACAAGUUGCCCGCGCUGGCAGCAUUCGGUAAGGAUCCGUCUAACUUCAGCUAAUGUAAACUAGCUUUCUGUGAGUUUGUGAGGACCUUGUGGAUAUAUUCAACUUUGGCCUCAAUUACACACAACGAAGAUAAUUGCACAUA